AACAUAGUUGUUUUUUUUUUUAAUAUUUAAACACGCUGCGAAUCAACUUCGAUCAGUGAGCGGGCGCAGCUGUCAGCGUGCGUACGCAAUCGUCGCCGGUUUAUAAAUCUUCGAUCUUUAUUUCGAUUUUUAAACUCAAUCGAAGAUUCGAAAUACGAAUCUUUUUCUUGUUUAGUAAAAAUAUUUUAUUUUUAAAAAGUGCCAGUGUUUGUUGCGACAUUUUGUGAAAGUUUGUGUUAAAAAGUUACUUUUUUGACGUUUUAUAUUGAAAAACUUUGAAAAUUACGCGGAAAGUGGAAUACUUUACGUCGGCGCGGGCGGCAGAAAAUGCGUGCCUGAGGCGACACAAACGAGACACCAGGCGGCUGCAGAAUGCUGUACACACUGCCCGCGCGAUGGUUCGCAAGCAUCAGACAAGGCGGCAUCGCCAACCAGUUCCUCAUGGCGACCAUGGUGACCAUCCCGGUGCUGAACUUCGGGAUGCUGAUGGGCUGGCAGUCGCCGAUGACGCCGAUCCUGCAGAACAUCGAUGGCCCCGCCCCGGAGCAGAUCACGGACGACCACAUCUCCUGGAUGGGCUCCAUUACGUUCUUCCCUCCGAUAUUUUGCGGAAUCUUUGUCGGCGACCUUGCCGAUAGAUGGGGGAGGAAGUUAACCACGCUGCUUACUUCGUUGAUGCUUGUUAUCAGUUGGGUGAUUACCCUCUUCUCUCUCCGUCCGUGGGCUCUCAUCACGUCGCGCGCCGUCGCCGGCCUGGCCUGCGCAGGAUGCUAUGUCGUCACACCGCUUUAUUUAAAAGAGAUAGCAUCAGACAACGUGCGUGGUGCUCUCGGUUCCUUGUUCAUCCUCUCCCAGAAUCUGGGUUACUUGGUGGUUUACGUUGCCGGGGACAUGCUGUCGUUCACAGCGGUGCUGUGGCUGUGUACAGCGGUGCCUGUGCUGCACAUGGUGGCGUUCCUGGCGAUGCCGGAGACUCCUGUGUUCCUGGUGAAGCAGGGAAAGAUACAGGAAGCUCGCUCAGCACUUGCCUGGCUGCGUAACACCAGCACCGACGACAAGAACUUAGAAGAAGAGAUCCAGGUCAUGGAGAGGGAAGAGGCAUACGCCAGGUCUAUGAAGAAAGCCACCUGGAAGAGUUUAGUGAGUGGCAGCUUUUGUGGGCUUUUAUCAUAUAAAAACUUUCACGUAACGUGGAGUUAGAUGUAGUCCGCGCGCGAGCUCAGAGGAGUCUUAUGGAAUGUUGACGUAAUUAAUUUAAUACUUUAGAAAGUAGGAUUUAUUAUAUAGAUAUCAUCAACAAAAUCGCUGUAUUAACUCCUUGACAUUCCAUAAGAUUCCCCGGAGCUCGCGCUCGGACUGUAUUUAGGCCUAUGUGUAUAAUUUUACCGUAAAGCCUUGGUUUAUUUAUUACCAUAAGGUAAGCUUCUAGAACAAUGUUCAAUCUAUUGACUGGUCUGAAGUCAUCUACAACUAUCGUCACGAUUCAAUGGCUCCUAAUUAAACUUUAGUAUCUGGAAAAACGAUAUUCACUUUUAAGCAUUUCUUUAUCAAGACACCGUUUACUACCAAACCAAUUUAAAUCAAAAGUUAAUAAAUGAUAUAAAUUUCAUUAAAAAUCAUUUACGAUUUUUUUUAUGUUUACCAUUUUUUUUAAUGUUUGAUAGUAAAUAGUAACUAAAUAAUGAAAUGUUAAAAAAGUGAAUAUCAAUGUUUUUUCAGAUACGAUAGUUUACUUAGGAGCCAUCGACUUAAGUCUUCGAAAAGUAAAGUGAAUGUUGUUACCCCAGUCCGGCCAAAAAUACUGAAGAUUGUUCUACGCCUUUGUUUAUAUGUUGUUACAUUGCGAGAGCCACCGGAUUUUUUAUUACCAAUUCGCCAUAACGAGGGUAAAUUAACAUAUCACAUGUUUUAGUCGGUGCUAGGGUUCAGAACCGGAAAAUUCCGGUCAUGAAAACACAUAAAAAGCAAAAAUAGAUAUCGAGAGUACUGGGAUAUCUAAAUUCUAAUCUGUUCUUAAAAUCACUAAUGGUUCCGAAAAACCUAAAAGCCACUUUUAAUUUAAAUAAUAUUAACACCAAUGAUAUCACAGUUGUCCGCAUCGAGCACCCCUGUUUCAAAUUGGAGGGACUCGAAAUAUGUACUAUUAUAUAAUUAGAAUUUAGUUUUUGAAUUACAUUCCUCUUCGGAAUUAAAAAAAGCGACUAUAGGCACACUAUUUAAUUUAUGUUUUUUUACGUAUUUAGAGGUACCGUGUGCUGCAAAAGUUCGACUCACACUGAACAUAAUUUUGUUAAGUUUCUAAACGUGGGAAUUUAUAUGCAUUCAAUCUUCCCCUUUGCCAUACUCAGGAAACCAAAACAUAAAUUGUAAACAAAUGUCUUUCUUUUUAAUUAAUUCGUUGUGAUAAAAUGAAUAAAAGAUUAUUCUAAAUUAUUUUCGUUUAAAAUUAUUUUUUUAUCUUCUCUAUGUAUGGUAUAUGUCUAUAAAAAACAAGUACUUAUCAACCUUAAACAAGUUACAAAAGGUUUUCUCUUUUUACAGUAUCUUGCUUAACCAUUCGUUUGCUUUGACCAUGUCACUUAUUGCUAGAAUGUCAUAUAUUUAUUUGUUUUAUCGUCAACUAUUUAGAAAGGUAUCCUGCUGAGGCCUCAGGUUGACAAUAGUUAUUCAAUACACACCAAAGAAUAUUAAUUCAAAGCUCUGAAGUUGCAACUACGGCAGUUAUAUCCAAGCGAUUUUGUGUCAUUCUUCAACAUACUUUAUACGCCUUCGCAGUUCAUUCACCAUUUUUAAUAUAAAGAAUAACGUUACGUGCAAUAAAUAAUUUAAAACAAAAUAAUUUGUAUUCUGAAUUAAAUUAUUUUAAUGCGUUUGCAUUUUGGUAUUUAUUAGAAUGUUAGAUUGCAGUUCCAGGCGUUGUGCUGGUUGUGAUAUGAAUUGUUAAUGUUAAAUUAUUGUAUUAUUCAAUUUUGUUCGUGAUACAAUAAAUUAAUUGAAAAUGAA